UCCAUACUGCCGCUCCAGGCCGUCGUCACCUCCUUCGUCUUCACUCCUCCAAUGGCGGUCUCGAAGAAUCCAGAAACCCUAGCCCCGGACCAAGAACCGUCGAAUGCGUCGGAUCUCCGCCGGAGGCCGGCCUCCUCCUCCUCCGCCGCCGCUUCGCCGGCAGUGCCGGACUCGUCUUCAAGAACGAGCCCUUCCAUCACCGAGAACUGGACCGCGGCGUUAGAUGGCGAUUCUGGUGCAGGAGCGGUCGGAAAUGAUGAUCUAAAGGAACGGAUCGGCGAGGCGAACGAUCUUGGUGAAAAGAAGAAGGCGAGUUCGGGUGAUAAGGUCGGAAGAGGUGAAGUUCCGGUGGGUUUCGUCGACCGGCCUUCGGCUCCGGUGCAUGUGAGAGUUGUGGAGAGCCCGCUGAGCUCGGAUACAAUCUUUCAACAGAGCCAUGCAGGUCUCGUCAACCUUUGUGUAGUAAUUCUGAUUGCAGUCAACAGCAGGCUUAUUAUUGAGAACUUGAUGAAGUAUGGUUUACUGAUAGGAAGUGGAUUUUUCUUCAGUUCAAGAUUACUGAGAGAUUGGCCACUACUUAUAUGUAGUCUCACUCUACCUGUUUUCCCUCUUGGUGCUUACAUGGUUGAAAAGCUGGCAUAUAGGAAGUUCAUUUCUGAACCUGUUGUUGUCUCACUUCAUGUAAUUCUCAUAAUUGCUACAAUCAUGUAUCCUGUUUUCGUGAUUCUAAGGUGCAAUUCUACUGUUUUAUCUGGCCUCAAUUUAAUGCUCUUUGCGAGCUCUGUUUGCCUAAAGCUUGUUUCAUAUGCACAUGCAAAUUAUGAUUUAAGGUCAUCGUCCAACUCUAUUGAUAAGGGGACCAGUUAUCUAAACUUAUACAAGUCUCAAGGUGUUAGCUUCAAAAGUUUGGUGUAUUUUAUCAUGGCUCCAACACUAUGUUACCAGCCAAGCUAUCCUCGGACUACAUGCAUCAGAAAAGGUUGGGUGAUUUGUCAGCUUGUUAAGUUGGUCAUAUUUACAGGGGUGAUGGGCUUCAUCAUUGAACAGUACAUUGACCCGAUUAUCAAGAAUUCUCAACAUCCUCUAAAAGGGAAUGUCUUAAAUGCCAUGGAGAGAAUCUUGAAGUUAUCAAUACCAACUUUGUACGUGUGGCUUUGUCUAUUCUAUUGCACCUUCCAUUUGUGGCUAAACAUUCUCGCUGAGCUCCUUCAUUUUGGUGAUCGUGAAUUCUAUAAAGAUUGGUGGAAUGCGAAGACAAUUGAAGAGUAUUGGAGAAUGUGGAACAUGCCUGUUCAUAAGUGGAUGCUUCGCCAUGUUUAUCUUCCAUGCAUACGGAAUGGUAUACCAAAGGGAGCUGCGAUGGUCAUCUCAUUUUCCAUUUCUGCUAUAUUCCAUGAGCUCUGCAUUGGUAUCCCCUGCCAUAUAUUCAAGUUAUGGGCUUUCAUAGGGAUAAUGUUUCAGGUUCCACUUGUCAUCUUGACGAAGUACCUCCAGAAUAAAUUUAAAAAUGCCAUGGUGGGAAACAUGAUCUUCUGGUUCUUCUUCAGCAUAUAUGGACAGCCUAUGUGCAUUCUCCUUUACUACCAUGAUGUGAUGAACAGAAAAGUGAGGACAGAGUAAAGCAAUAUCUGUCAUCACGCUUGAUUUCAAAUGCAGGGAAUUUGAAGGUACAUAAAUUUUGCAAUCUUUCAUCUUACAAGCAGCUCGGCAGUGAGUGCACUUACCAUUUCCAGGUCUGAACAGUGCUUUUUUUUUUUCCUCUCUAAUUCAACAUGUAUAAAGUUUCCUGACUUCUUGGACCCAUGUAUCAGUUCAACUUUGUUAGUAUAUUGCAAAUUUCAGCUUCAUGUCUGGAAAUAUAUGCAAGCAUAAAGACUCAUGCGGUUUUUUAUGACUUAAUUCAUGCCACCCCGUUGAAGUGAAAAAACAUAAUUUAGGGCC